AUGGGAUGUGUCCCACCAGGCUGGAGUUCAGGGGAUGUGCUCACGGGGUUUCUCUCACAGGUUGGGCACGAGCCACUACCUCCAACUGUUGGAAGAAAUGUGCUGGGAAGGAAAGUCCUGUACCUGCCUGGCUUCUUCACCUACGCCAGACACAUCGUGGAAGUGGAUGGGAAAAGAGGCCUCUUCCGUGGUCUGACUCCUCGCCUCAUCUCAAGCACUUUAUCAACCAUCACCAGGGGGAGUGUGAAGAAGGCUUUUCCACUGGAAGACAUGGAGCACGUGUCUAACAAGGAUGAUGUGAAAACUUCCCUUAGGAAAGUGGUGAGAGAGACAUCCCACGAGAUGAUGAUGCAGUGUGUGUCCCGGGUUGUCUCACAUCCGCUGCAUGUGAUCUCCAUGCGCUGCAUGGUCCAGUUUGUGGGCCGGGAAGUCAAAUACAGUGGUGUGUUCAGUGCCAUUGGCAGGAUAUUUAAGGAAGAAGGGAUCCUGGGAUUCUUUGUUGGUUUAGUCCCUCACAUCCUGGGGGAUGUCAUCUUCCUCUGGUGCUGCAACCUCGUGGCUCACUUCAUCAACACCUACGCAGUGGACGAUAACUUCAGCCAGGCCUCAGUGAUCCGGAGCUACACAAAGUUCGUGAUGGGGAUCGCUGUGAGCAUGCUGACGUACCCAUUCCUUCUCGUGGGAGAUCUCAUGGCAGUGAACAACUGUGGGUUGCGCGCCGGCCUCCCUCCCUACGCUCCCGCUUUCCCAUCCUGGAUCCACUGCUGGAGGUACCUCAGUGCUCAGGGGCAGCUGUUCCGUGGCUCCAGCCUGCUCUUCCGCAGGGCUCCCAUCCCAGCUGCCUCCUUCCCCAUCGACUGAUCCUGGGCAGGGACAGCUGAUGGACGUGGACUCCUCCAGAAACCCCAAGCUUGUUUUGAUAUGUGUCAUAUUUCUAUUCUCCGAUCCAAAGUCCACGGUGCCAGAACUGGCACCUCCUCUCCAGCAAGGCCAGCGACAGACUGGCUUCUGGACAUCUGGCUUCAGGCUCCAGCUGGACCAAAGCUCCAUCCUCAUGGCUGUCUCGACUGGGAUGUGUAGCAGGGAGAGCAGAAGGGCGUUGUCUUGUCUGUUUGGUCCAGGCUGUUGCUCUGGAGUCACUGGGAAAGUCCAGGAAUCCAGAAAAUGCCCAGGUACUAAAGGAGCUGCAGGGACAAAAGACUGCUUCGUGCUGCCCAAGCUGAGAAGCAGCAGGAGAUCCAAGGUCACCUCGCUGCAAAGGUUAUGCCAGGUGACCACCCUCCUGCCUCAUCCUUCUGGAGAGGGCACACCUUGGUGUGGCAGGGAGCUCAUCCUGGGCAAGAUCAACCUGGGAUCCAUAUUUAAGGUUCGAGGGUACCUGAACACCUGG